GCUCGGGCGGGCCCCGGUAGCCGGUGGCGCCCAGCUUUCCUCGUUCUUUCGGCCUUGUCCCGCGGAAAGGGCGACCCAGCUUCCCGUCUGCGCCACCUUCGGCUGGCCUUCGCGGUUGCCCGGGCCCCCGACGAGAGCCAGGUGCUACAGCACUCUGCCCUCUGUGUUUUGGACACUUGCUCACAAUGGAGUUCCCUGAUUUGGGGAGGCACUGUUCAGAGAAGACUUGCAAGCAGCUAGAUUUUCUUCCAUUAAAAUGUGAUGUAUGUGAACGAGAUUUCUGUAAAGAUCAUUUUACCUAUGCUGCACAUAAAUGUCCCUUUGCAUACAAGAAGGAUAUUCAGGUCCCAGUAUGCCCGCUUUGUAACAGCCCAGUCCCAGUAAGGAAGGGAGAGAUACCAGAUGUGGUGGUCGGAGAGCACAUUGACAGAAAUUGUAAAUACCGUCCUGAGAAGAAAGAGCAGGUGAGGAUAUUUACGUACCGGUGCUCGAAAAAGGGAUGUAAGAAGAGAGAGAUGCUGCCGCUGGCUUGUGAGCAGUGCAGUGGCAACUUCUGUAUCCAGCACAGACACCCCCUGGACCACAGGUGCACGCGUGGGAGCCUCACCGUCAGCACAGCUGGGUGAGAAGAAGCCUUUGCCGCGAUGCUCCGGCCUCACAGUGCUGUAACCCGGGGAACCAGCUCCCACCUCCCUAGGGCAAGAGCAGCCUAGACCAUUGUUCUUGGUCAGAUGGUGGGUCUAGGCAUUUGUGUGAAUAUGAGCUCCAUUAAACUUGGAUUCUAAAUUAAA